UGCCCAUCUCAGACCCCCCCUAAUUCCACGGACCCAAAAUCUCUUACAGUUUCUUUCCUCCGAAACUCGUGUGGGCUGUCCUUAGAAUUGGCCACUUCAGCUUCCAAGAAGCUCAACAUUGAGAAUGUAGAGAAUCCCAACUCCGUUCUGAAUCUGUUGAGAACUCACGGUUUGACGCAGAACCACAUCAAACACUUAAUUAGUAGUCGUCCAUUAUUGCUUUUGGCCGAUUUAGGCAAUACCCUCAAGCCCAACAUGGAAUUGUUUAAAUCCUUAGGGCUCUCUGGCGCUACCCUCGCCAAAAUGCUCACCAAAUACCCAACUGUGCUAGAAAGUGAUGCGUACACUGCUGUUGAUUUUUUUAGAGCACAUGGUUUUAGUGAUAUGCAAAUAAAAACUUUGACUAUGAAGUGUCCCGAACUUUAUACGUAUAAUGCUGAAAAGAUUCUUAAGCCAAAGUUGGAGUUUUUCAAAUCCUUAGGCUUGCCAGAUCUUGAAAUUACAAAGCUUUUAUCUGCAUCGUCUUAUGUGCUGCAAACGAGCCUCGAAAAACAAAUCAUUCCGUGUGUUCAAGAGCUUAGGCGGAUUCUUGGCACUGACGAGAAUGUCUUAAGGGUUAUAAAGGCACGCUGUGCAGUAUUUAGAACAGACGCUGUACAUAAGCUACAGAUCAACUUCGCUACUCUGAUAAGCCAUGGUGUUCCCCAGUCUUUAGUUUUUAAACUCUUCUUUCUAAGAACAAGGUCAGUGAUUAUGUGUGGCAGGCGGUUUAGGGAGAAUGUUUGUGAAGUUAUUAAACUAGGAUUUGAUCCCAAUAAUCUGAAAUUUGUUCUGGCCGUUGUGUCCAUGACACUAAAUAGUAAAAGACUGUGGGAGCAGAAGGUGGAAGCUUAUAGGAGUUUUGGUUUGUCAGAGGGUGAGAUUUAUGCAGCAUUCAAGCGGCAACCCAUGUGUAUGGCUCUUUCGGAGAAGAAGAUCAAGAAAAUGAUGGGUUUCUUUGUGAACAAACUGAAGAUGAAUCCUUCGAGGAUCUCAAAGAGACCGACUCUUCUACUGCAUAGCUUGGAGAAGCGGAUUAUUCCGAGGUGUUCAGUUCUGCAACUUUUGAUGUUGAAGGGUUUGAUCAAGGAAGAUUCUAGCAUUGUUUAUAUGGUUGAAAUGGCCGAGAAGGAAUUCAUGCUCAAAUUUGUGAGCAAGUAUCAAACUGAGGUUCCUGAUGUUGUUAGAGCACACCAAGGGAAGAUAGAAUUUCAAGGGCUCCUCGUUGCACCAAUGGAGACGUGAUUGCUUUUGACAUAAUCAAAUGUGGGAUUGCCUAAAGAUCAUGAGUUCAGAUUUAGUUCAACAUGCCUGCUGUUGAACAUGUCCUAAAUGCUUUGGGGUUGAGGGUAUUAGUUUUCAUUUAUACUUAUCAAAAAAAAGUUUUCAUUUAUACUUGCAUUUUUAGC